AUGGGUCUCCUGUCAGAGCUCAACAUCAAGCCUGGUGUCGUCUACGGCGAUGACCUCCUGAAGCUCUUCAACUACGCCAAGGCCAAGCAGUUUGCCAUUCCUGCUGCCAACGUCACCUCCUCUUCCACCGCUGUUGCCGCUCUCGAGGCCGCCCGCGAAGCCAAGUCUCCCAUCAUCCUCCAGACUUCCCAGGGUGGUGCCGCCUACUUCGCCGGCAAGGGCAUUCCCAACAGCGCCGACAAGCAGGAGGCUUCCGUCGCCGGUGCCAUUGCUGCCGCUCACUACAUCACCUCUAUCGCCCCCAUCUACGGCGUUCCCGUCGUCCUUCACUCUGACCACUGCGCCAAGAAGCUUCUGCCGUGGCUCGAUGGCAUGAUCUCCGCCGAUGAGGAGGAGUUCAAGCGCUCCGGCCACCCCCUCUUCUCCUCCCACAUGAUCGACCUCUCCGAGGAGGAUGUCGCCUACAACAUCGAGACCACCGCCAAGUACCUCAAGCGCUCUGCUCCCAUGAAGCUGUGGCUCGAGAUGGAGAUUGGUAUCACCGGUGGUGAGGAGGACGGUGUCAACAACGAGGAUGUCGACAACAACUCCCUCUACACCCAGCCCGAGGACAUCUACGCCAUCUACCAGGCCCUGAGCCCCAUCAGCCCCUUCUUCUCCAUCGCUGCCGGUUUCGGUAACGUCCACGGUGUCUACAAGCCCGGCAACGUCAAGCUUCACCCCGAGCUCCUCGGCAAGCACCAGGAGUUUGUCCAGCAGAAGCUGGGCACCGACGACAAGAAGCCCGUCUUCUUCGUUUUCCACGGUGGCUCCGGCUCCGCCGUCGAGGAGUUCCAGAAGGCCAUCUCCUUCGGUGUCGUCAAGGUCAACGUCGACACUGACCUGCAGUGGGCCUACCUCACCGGUAUCCGCGACUACGUCACCAAGAACAUCGACUACCUGAAGACCCAGGUUGGCAACCCCGAGGGUGACGACAAGCCCAACAAGAAGAAGUACGACCCUAGAGUCUGGGUACGUGAGGGCGAGAAGACCAUGAAGGAGCGCGUCAAGCAGGCUCUGUUCGACUUCAACGCCAACGAUGUUUUGUAA